AUGAAGGGUCCACCGUAGCGUAUGUUGGGGGAGCUCUGUGCUUCACCUUCUGCAGCAUGCAGCAGGCCUUGUAAGGAGAGAAGUAGAAAGAGAGUGUUACCAUUAACACUGUCUGAUAUUUGCACACCCAGAGGAAGCUAAAUGAAAGAGGACAGAAAGAGAAAUAAGGAAAAGCAAAGGAAUAUUUUCUUAGCAGGUUAACAGCCUUUGGAACUUGGAACUAAGACGGAGUCAGAGGUCAACGAGAGGAGGAAAAGGUGUCAGUUUCUUGAGAGGGAAAUAAAGAAAAAGACAUUAACAUGUAAUACUUCAAAGAAUGAGCUUCAGGAUGCUUUGCUGGAGAGCAAAUGGCUCAGUCGUGAGCUGUUCAGUUACAUCCUGAAAAGACCACUCAGUACGAAAAGCAUAUCCAAGAAGCUGCUGACCAGCGGCAGCAGUUGGAUGCAGAGCAUGAGCAGGCCCUGGCUUUCCUCAACUCCAGACAGCAGAAGAUCAACCUUCUGCAGAAGGUACAGGCUGAAGUUGAGAAAGAACGUGAAGAAGUGGUGCAUCUGCUAGAGAGCCAUAUGGACAACAUGCAGGUCAAAGUUCAUGACUUGGAGCAUAAAUGCCGGACACAGAUUGAGCAGUGUAAUAUUUUGCCAAAAGAACUGGGGAAAUAUCACCUGGGGUCAGACACGGAGGACACACUCAACAUUGACUCACAGGAGAAAAACUUGGGCAACGUUUACAACAGCUUGCAGCAGCAGGCAGAAAAAAGUGAUGAGAGAUCUGACAGAUCUCCACUGGUCUCAGAACUGCCAUUAGUACAGCAACACAACAUAGACAAGGCAGAGAAGCAGUCCAUCAAACCAACCGUCCUCACUCGCAAUCAAUCCAGCAGCCCCAUGCAAGCAUCUCUCUCAGAGAUGGAUAAUGAGGUGAGCCCAUCGCCCAGGUCCAAGAAAAGAUACACAGGACAGGUCCGCCUCUGCACUUCCCGCUACAGUUAUAAUCCCUAUGAUGGACCUAAUGAGCAUCCUGAAGCAGAGCUCCCUCUUGUGGCAGGGAAGUACUUGUACGUCUACGGGAACAUGGACGAUGAUGGAUUUUAUCAUGGAGAGCUUUUGGAUGGCCAGCGUGGCUUGGUUCCCUCUAAUUUUGUGGAGUUUGUCCAGGACAAGGAAAAGCCAUCUAUAGAGGGGGGAGAGGAGCAGGGUAGGCUGGAGCAUAGCUGUCUGAGCCUGACUACCAUAGAUGGAGGUGCUCCUCUGGACAGCUUUAGCAGUGACGUUCUCAGGCACUGCAGUAAUGGGACAGGCACUCUGGACGGAGAAGAGCUGAGUGACGACAUUGUGCCUUACCCCAGGAAGAUCAACCUGAUCAAACAGCUGGCGAGAAGUGUGAUAGUGGCCUGGGAGCCACCUUUGGUAUCUCUUGGCUGGGGAAAUAUCAAUGGGUACAAUAUCUUAGUGGAUGGGGAAGUGCGUUCCUCUGUGCCCUUUGGGGGCAGGACCAAACUUCUUUUGGAGAAGCUAGACCUGGAUGGCAGCACCUACCGUGUAUCGGUACAAAGUGUGACGGACAAGGGGCUCUCCGAUGAAUUACGGUGCACCUUGCUGGUUGGUUGCAAUGUGGUGGUGGCCCCCACCAGCCUGAGAAUCGAUGAAAUAUUACGGGACUCUGCUGAACUUUCGUGGCUGCCCAGUAACAGUAACUAUGCCCAUGCUGUGUACUUGGAUGGCGUGGAACAUGCUAUGGUGAAGCCGUGUUCUUACAGACUACGUUUUGUGAACCUAAAGGCCGCCACAGUAUACAAGGUAAAGGUGCUGGCCAAACCUCACCAGGUGCCCUGGCACAUGCCGCUGGAGCAGAGGGAAAAGAGAGAGGCUGGGGUGGAGUUCUGUACUCAGGCUGCAGGGCCCCCUCUACCCCCUCAGGAAGUGCAGGUCCAGUGUGGUCAAGCCGCAGGGAUUCUCCAAGUCCGGUGGAAGCCCCCUCCUAUGACACCUAUGGGAACCUCCAAUGGUGCAAAUGUCAUUGGCUACGCAGUGUGCACGAAGGGUCAGAGGAUUGCUGAGGUGUUGUAUCCACUGGCAGACUAUGUGGCAAUAGAGUUGAACCAUCUCCAGUGCUUGGAGGCCCGAGAGGUUAUCGUGAGGACUUUAUCAGCACAAGGGGAAUCUCAAGACUCCCACGCCGCCGUCAUUCCAAACCACCUGCUGGUGCCUCUUCCUAAAACUCACCCUCCUCCUCACCAUAUCCAGUCCCCUCUCCCACCUCAUCAGUCCCAACCCUUACCCUCUCAUCCCACACCCUUGCCCCUUUCCCCUCACCCUGGACCUCAACCGCCCCACCAUCUCCAACCACUCCCCGUUCGUCCCAACCAGCCUCAUUCUCACCUACAGCCCCACCAAAUGCCCCAUCCCACGCAGCCCUCUCCACCUCAACUCCAGCCUUUACCACCACACACCAUCCCUCAACCCCAACCCACCAUCCAUAUGCCCCACCCCCAAUUGUCCAUGCCUAUGCCUCAACCCCAGCAGCCCAUGCUCCAUCCCCAGCCGACAAUCCCUAUGCCCCAGCCUCACAUACCCCAGCUGACCCUUCCCCAAUCCCAAAGACCACUAAGUGCCAGAGAGCUGGAAACCAAAGAGCCAGGGCCAGGAAUGCUUCAUCAUGGAGGGGGCUCAGCUCAGCCAUGGGAGCCCAGCUGCUCCCCAUCAGGCAUGCCCUCGGGAAUACCACACGGACACACUCUGGAUGCCCCACCGUGCCCCAACCGUCGUUCCCCUUCACCUCAAAGAAUCCUCCCCCAGCCCAGGGGUACACUUAUCCCUGACACAGUGGCCAAGGCUAUUGCCAGAGAGGCAGCCCAAAGGGUGGCUGCAGAGAGUGGACAGAUGGAGAGGAGAAGCCAGGGCUUUCACUCUCAAAAUUCAGAUGAGGAAGAGGAUGAGGAAAGCUAUCAGGCUCGAAGAAGAGGAGCAUCUAUGGAUGACUUCCUCAGGGGCUCAGAGCUGGGCAGGCAGUCUCAUUACAGUCACAGUGAAGAGUACCAGACAGAAAGCAGUCGAGGCUCUGACCUGUCAGACAUCAUGGAAGAGGAUGAGGAGGAGUUAUAUUCAGAAAUGCAUGAAGAAGGCAGGCGACGGAACUCCCACAAUGCACUCAAGACUGGAGGAGGCAGUCAAUCUUCAAGUCAGCUGGAUCGGGACUCAUGUCGGAAGCACCGAGGCCCUCAGCAUCGACCCCUCACGGUUCCAUCCAUUGGUCAGUGCUCUCCCAAUGGCUACCGGGACCGAAGCCGGCGUUCUCCUCCUUGCUACGAAGAGUCUGAGAAGGAGGAUCAGUUCCGAAUCUUUGUGGCCCUGUUCGACUAUGACCCUCUUUCCAUGUCACCUAACCCUGAUGCCGCUGAUGAGGAGCUCCCUUUUAAAGAGGGACAGAUCAUCAAGGUGUAUGGGGAUAAGGAUAAUGAUGGCUUUUAUCACGGGGAGAUCCGGGGCAGGUCAGGACUUAUUCCCUGUAACAUGGUGUCAGAGAUCCGUGCGGAGGAUGAUGAGACCAUGGAGCAGCUCAUGAAACAGGGAUUUCUCCCUCUCAACACUCCUGUGGACAGAAUAGAACAAAAUAGGAGAGGUCGCCACCCAGUGGCCACUAGAAGAAUGGUUGCAUUAUACGACUACGACCCCAGAGAGAGCUCCCCAAAUGUGGAUGUUGAGGCUGAAUUGACGUUUUGUGCUGGUGACAUCGUUGCAGUUUUUGGGGAUAUUGAUGAAGACGGAUUCUAUCAUGGUGAGCUUAACGGACAUCGGGGCUUGGUUCCAUCUAACUUUCUAGAAGAAGUGCCUGAUGAUGUGGAGGUCUACCUGACGGACUCUCCAUCCCACCACGGUCAGGAAGAGCCAACUCCGGCACUGGUGCAGCGCCCAGAGGCCAAACGGGUGCCUGUGGAAACUACGGUCCCAGUUCCAGCCCCUGGAAGACCAUCCUCUCCCACUGUGCGUCCUUUGCUUCCCGUUGGUCCAAUGAGACAAUUGAGCCCUGCCAGGGGUCCACGAGAUUUGGCCUCGAAAAAGAAAAAAGGACUGCUUUCUAAAGGGAAGAAACUGCUCAAAAAGUUCUCAAAGUAACUGUAUGAGUUUGAUUUCAAAUUAAGCAUACAGAAGAAUUUCUCUCUUAAAAAGGAAAUUACAAAAAAACCCCAAGGUGUUGUUGAAAUCUAUAGUGAAUGUUUCUCUCUCUCUCUCACACACACACACAAGAAAAAACAUCUGUGGCUCUCUUAUUAACAUGCCAUGUACACAAAAUGAAAUAGAAUAAUAGAGGGAUACAUAAAUAUGCCACUCAUGUGUCAAUGAGUUUUGGCAGAAUGAAGGCAUCUAUCCAUACUGUGAUGUAGAGGACAAAAAUAUGUUAAUAAUUAAUUAAUUAUUUCCAUUGUUAUUUCAUUAUUUUGAUAUACCAAAUCAAAGUGCUGGAUUUUAAACAAAAAUAUUUAAUCUCAUAGAUAUUACUCGCAUAUGGUGUGAUGUAGCAGCAGCCGCUUGGUGAAAAAAAAGCACUUCAAAUAUGGCCUGACAUGAUCAAUAAUAUAGCAGUAAACGAUUGCUAUAAACCUCAUGACCAUAUUAAGUGCAUUAGUCCGGUACACAAAAGGACAACACUCAAAACGCUUGGUUGAAUUCAAAUACAUUUUCAUUUAAAAUAGUUUCUCGAAAGGUGGUCAAGGCAUAAGGUGAGACUGAUCAGGACUGUCUAUGAGCAAAUCCUUUUAUACAUUGCUGUGGCCUUCAUCUAAACUCAGUAUGACGUAUUACCUUCAUCUGAUGUCUCCACACAUCAGUCUUUGCCAAGUAUUUACCUUUUGCUUGCUCGAAGAUCAGCCUUUUCUGUGUUUAUCAUGAGAAUGACUCUGACAUUAUAAAAAUACAAUGGAAACUUUGCAUUUGGCUUUCAAAUGCACAAUCGGUGUGUGUUCUUGGUGAAUGACUUGUGUGUUUCAGUGGGUGUUUGUCCACUUUGCAUCCAUGUUUGUGCAAACCUUCAACUGAAAGGGACAAAUGUUGUUAUGACUUGUGUGAUCAUGUGAUGUGCUACUAAUUACACAGUGUUUCCUGUUCCUUUCUGAAGUUAUUACGGGUGGUGUCAUCAUCUCAAGAAGAAAUAUUUAAGCAAAGAUGGUGUCUUGGUGUCUACUCAAAUUCCACUGGUUUACAUGCACUUCAUUUGGGGCUGGUUAUGAGAACGUAAUGCAUAAGCCUAGAAGACAUUUCUUUGCUGCUGUUAUCAUUGGCUGUUUUUCCUGAAGACUUUGCUUUCUUAGGUAGACACAAACACCAUGUAAUAGUCCCUUUGCUAGUGGUCAGAGGACCUCACAGUAAAUAUUCUCAGUAACCAAUAUACAGGUUGAAUAAUAUCCUCAGGCAAAACUACCUAUGAUGGCUCAGUUGUCUCAAGCUAUAAUCUAGUAGUUUACAUUAAGGGCAAAAUCUCUUGCAUUAACACUAAACAUCUUGCCCCGCAUUUCGAAAUGCAAUUGCAAGGUUGGGCCAACAUCUUUGUGGUGGCAUCUCACGAUAAUGUGGCCAGUUAGUUUUAGAUUGCACUCUUGAGUGGUUUAAUCAGGGUAAAAACUGUGUACGUUUUUGUUUUGUCUUUUUAUUUGUUUGUUCAAAAAAAAAAAAAAAGAAAAAAGAAAAAAAAAAAGUAAAAUUACUCUAUUCUACUGAAGCAUUUCAUUUGCUAUAUAUGGCAUAUGGCCUAUUUGAAGUGAAUGGACUUUACCUGUAGAAGAAGUUUCGAAUUAAAAGCAUGGAUGGACAGCAAAAAAGGAUUGUAUGAAAUGUUCAGCUGCCUGUAUUGUAACAUCAUUUUGCCAAAAGAAAAUAAAUAAAUAAAUAAAAUGACAUAUAUUUUCAUUUAACAGAAAUGUCUAGGAUCUAAAGUGUUCAUUUGUGACUGGAUGUUGUAACUGUUUGUAGACAAACUCUUUUGUAGGCUACCUUGAAUCCAUUUGUAGAUAAUUCAUAAAUGAUUAGGCUAUACUUAAUUUACAGAUUUCAGACUUUUUUCAGUGCGUGUAAUUGUUUGCCAUAGAAUCUUUAGGAAAAGAUUCUCAAGUCUGCUGUGCUCGCUCUGUGGGAUAAAGAAAACAAAAGAGAAGAUGGUCUAUAUAAAUGGACUUGUGUGGCUG